AUGCCUGAGAGCAACGACGACGAGAGCGACAGUCACCAGCACGACACAUUCUUCCGGUCCGCAAGCACUCCAAGCCACCCUCGAGAUUUUCCCCCAACCGGCAAACUGAAGUCCCCAACCCGUUCGACGUCGUACACGACACCCCUCCAGCUAUUCACCGAGGAGUCGAAGCCUAAAUCAGGCCAGGCGGCUCCGGCACCUUUGACUGAGCAGAACCUACGGGCACUCCUACGAUCCCUGAACGCGGCCGACGCGAAGAAACAAGAGCCUGGGCGGCGAAAGGGUGUGUCUGGAGUGUCUGAAGCAGCAGAGGGUGUUCCCGGUGAUCCCAAUUCAAGCAACUACAGCAAACCUAAUAGUCCUCCUCCUCCCGCAGCCACUGCCGGUGUCACUCGCACGGUGGGCACAACAGGCUCAGGCCGUGCUGCCUUUACCUCAGCCCCACCCGCAGUCGCCCUUCCUUCUACUGGCUCAAAUCCAACAUCCAUGCGAAAGUCAAAAUCGCCCAAGAAGCAGGACAAAGACAAGGAAAAGAAGAAGUUCAGAAAUAACCCCGACCCUGACACCCACCCGCUGAAUCUUCCUCCUGACCGACUGCGUCAACAUCUGGCUCAAAUGGCCAGGCAAGAGGCUGAGUCUGCCGGCAGAAUGUCGAUAGAUCGAGAAUUUCCCAACACAAAUGACCAUGAUUCUUCCAUGUCGAGCGGCACUGCAGGCUCGUCGCAGCCGGUCACUCCUUCAAAAGAUGCUGCAGGCGCUUUUUCCGAUCAGGCCAACAGUGAUGUUACCUCCAACGGCACCAAUGGCCACCACGACGAGCGAAGUCCCACGCCUCCUCCCCAUAGAGUUCCUCCCGCGCCCAAAGUCGAUCCGGAAGCCUGCAAGGCCGCAGGGAACAAGUUCUUCAAGGCUAAGGAUUAUGAUCGCGCCAUCGUCGAGUACACAAAAGCGGUCGAUGCAGAGCCUUCGAAUCCCACAUAUCUGUCAAAUCGAGCCGCCGCCUACAUUUCUGCCAAUAAAUACAGCCAGGCACUUGGUGAUUCACUCCAGGCCAGCCGUUUAGAUCCCAAAAAUGACAAGAUUUUACACCGUCUGGCUCGAAUCUACACCUCACUAGGACGGCCGCAAGAUGCCCUCGAUACCUACGCUAAGAUCCCAAAUGCGUCAGCCACAGACACUGCAUCGGCUCGAAAAGCCCUGCUGUCGAUUGAGAUGGCGGAGAAGCAAAUUGAUGCGGAAGACGGAAAUGGUAACAUGGCGCUGUGGAGCAUCGAACAGGCACGUCAGACGCUAGGAUCUGGCACACCCACGCCGAGGAGAUGGCAGCUUCUCAAGGCCAAGGCAAAUCUGAAGAUUGGGUCCGCAAAUGCCCUGGGCGAAGUGCAGGGGAUUGUGCAAAACCUGAUGCGUGAAAAUCCCAUGGACGCCGAAGCCAUUGUGCUCGCCGGUCGAGCAUUCUACCUCAAGGACGAUAAGCCAAGACAAGGGAAGAGCGACUAUGAACGAGCCGAAGACUACUUCCGACAGGCACUGGCACUAGACCCUGACAACUCCGACGCACGAAAUUGGUUACGAACAAUGAAGAAGCUCGACAGAGCUCGAACAUCGGCUAAUGACAUGUUCAAGCGCGGCAAGUACUCCGACGCCGUCAUUGCUUAUACGGAAGCCCUCACCAUCGAUCCCACCAACAAAGUCACAAAUGCCAAACUUCUAGGAAACCGUGCUCUGGCCCGGAUUAAAACCAAGGAGUACGAUGAAGCCAAAGCUGACUGCGACCAAGCUCUUAAACUUGACCCGAGCUACACCAAGGCCCGCAGAACCCGGGCCAAAGCCACUGGAGAAGGCGGCGAUUGGGAACAAGCCGUUAAGGAUCUGAAGUCCUUGUCCGAAGAAAACCCUGCUGACGCCGAUCUGGGCAGAGAACUGCGCAACGCAGAACUCGAACUCAAGAAAUCGAAGCGGAAGGAUUACUACAAGAUCCUUGGUGUGGAUAAGGACGCGGGUGACAAGGAGAUCGAAAGAGCUUACAAGAAGAAAGCGGCCGUGUUGCAUCCGGAUAAAACGCAGGGGGACAAGCGGAAGGAAGAGGAGUUCAAAGACUGUCUUGAAGCCAAGGAGACGUUGCUGGAUCCCCAGAAGAGACAGAUGUAUGAUUCUGGGGCAGAUUUGAUGGAGCCUGGUAUGGGCAUGGGUGGAUUUCCAGGUGGCAUGGGAGGCUUCCCUGGGGGGUUCGGAGGUAUGGGUGGAUACCCUGGUGGUGGGGGUGGGGUGCAGAUUGACCCAGAGAUGUUGUAUAAUAUGAUGAACGGAAUGGGUGGAGGGCCUGGUGGUGGCGGCUUUAGGUUCAGUUCUGGCGGAGGAAGGGGUGGAUUCUCUCCCUUUGGCUGA